GUGCGCAGGCGCGGUGGGGGCGGAAGGGGAAGGGGAAGGGAGGAGGCGGCGGCGGCGGCGGGGUGAGGGCCCGGGAUGGAGCUGGGCGGGCUGCUGCUGGACGAGGAGGGCGCCUUCUCCCUCAGCGGCUUCCAGGAGUUCACGUUCCUGCCCCGGCACCAGCAGCUGAGCGAGAGGGUGCGCAAGCGGCUCUACUAUGGCUGGGAUAAGGACUGCGGCCUGGACAACCUCUCCAGCCCCGUGGCGGAUAUCGCCGUGGAGCUGCUGCAGAAAGUGGCUCCCAGCCCUAUCCGCAGACUCCAGAAGAAAUACGUGUCUCACGUGUCUCGGGAAGCUUGCAUCUCGCCCUGCUCCAUGAUGCUGGCACUGGUUUAUAUUGAGCGACUCCGGCACCGGAACCCUGAAUACCUCCAGCAGAUCUCGUCUUCAGACCUCUUCCUGAUCUCCAUGAUGGUUGCUAGCAAGUACCUGUACGACGAGGGGGAGGAGGAGGAGGUGUUCAACGACGAGUGGGGGGCAGCAGGGAAGGUGGACGUCCAGACCAUGAACACGCUGGAGAUGAACUUCCUGAGUGCCAUCGACUGGAGCCUCUACACAGACCCCCGGGAGCUGUUUGAAGUGCUGAGCUGGCUGGAAGGACGCGUGGCAGAGAAGCAGGGCAUGUGGCGCGGCUGGUUCACCUACACGGAUCUGUGCGUCCUCAUGGAGCAGUCCGUGUGGCAGCAAGCGUUGGGCCAGUUCUACCAGCACGUGCUGAAGCUGGCCUGCCUCCUGGGCGUGGUGUACCUGACCGGCUUCGCGGCUCUCUACGCCUCCGCCGCCGUUGUGCACCGGGCUGCGUGCGCGAGGAGCGCCGGCCCCGCGGCCCUCCGCCCCGCGCCGUUCCCCGUGGGGGGCGGCUGCCAGCUGGCCGCCCGGCCGGCCCCAAACCCCGAGCGGGAGCAGCCCCGGCCCCAGCUGCCCGACGACGUCCCCCCAGGCGGCGGCGGCGGCGGCGGCGGCACCCGCUGCCUGGGGGAGAACGAGACGGCCGAGGAGCCGCGGCGGGGCGGCGUCACGGCCACCGCGCUCUACCUGUGGGGCGGCGUGAUGACGGCUCUGUCCUACGCGGAAGCACCCGACCUAGCCCCGCGCCGGAGCCCUCCGCAAGCCCCUCUGCGCAAAGUACCCGGCGCCUGUGAGAGAUCCAACCGCACCGCCUCUGCCGCAGCCCCCCGCCGGCCCGGCCCCUUCGGACUUGCCGCGCUGCCGGCCCCUCCGGCGCUGCGCUGCCGCUCCUGCUCGGCUGCUGCGGGCCCUGCGUGGGCUGCGGCCCCCAGCCGCGAGGACUGGCUGGACCCCCCGGGGCUGAGGCAGUGCUCCUUGCACACAGCCCUGGAUCUCGGCAGAAUCAAGAGCUUCAUUUUUCCCAGCUAGGAGCGCAGGGCGGCCCCCCUCCCCCUCCCCUCCUAGCGUGGCACAACUCACUUCCUUGCACUUCUGGGCUCCCCGAGCCCUGGGGCUGCGCGGGGCCGGCGUCCCCCCGCCUUAAUUCCAAACCGGCAUUCGCGUGUCCCCCGCCCAGGGCAGGGGCGUCCUUCACUUUGGGUGCUGCAGAGCGUUGGGGCUGUUGGGACGGGAUGGGGCGGAGCUGGGGUGCCGGAGGGUAGGAGCGGGGUGCCCUUGGGCUGGGAUGUGGCGAAGGGGCGUCCUUACCUCUUCCUAUAGCGGGCGGGAGGCCCUCGGCGGUGCUGGGCAGAGGUUGGUGUGCGGCACGUGGGAUGCUGGGGCCGCGCGCGCGGGGUGGAGGGGUCGGGGCGGUGACCCCGGUGAGGGCACGGAGCGCUCUGGGAGGAGGUGAGGGGGAGAGGGGGCAAGAAGGAGGGGGAAGCGAGCAGCCCUACGCCUGGCUGGCCGCAGCAGCUCUCCUGUUGGGGCUGCCGGGCCG